AUGGCCGCGGGGGCGCCCGGGCAGCGGCUGCGCGAGGAGGCCCGGUGCCCCGUGUGCCUGGACUUCCUGCAGGACCCGGUCAGCGUCGACUGCGGCCACAGCUUCUGCCGCGGCUGCGUCUCGGAGCUGUGCGCCAGGGCGGACGGCGCGCAGGGCGGCGUCCACGCGUGUCCGCAGUGCCGGGCGCCCUUCCGGCCCGCGGGGUUCCGGCCCAACCGGCAGCUGGGCAGCCUGGUGGACAGCGUGCGGCGGCUGGGGCUGGGCGCGGGGCCCGCGGGGGCGCGCCGGUGCGCGCGGCACGGCGAGGACCUGAGCCGCUUCUGCGAAGAGGACCAGGCGGCGCUGUGCUGGGUCUGCGACAGCUCCCCGGAGCACAGGAGCCACCGCACGGCGCCGCUGCAGGAGGCCGCCAGGUGCCACCAGGUAAAGCUCCAGAUGGCUCUGGAACUUGUGAAAAAAGAACUAGAAGAGGCUUUGACUCGGGAGGCCAGUGUGAGGAAGCAGACUGUCAUUUGGAAGGAGACGGUAGACAUGCAGAGGCAGCGCUUCAGGUUGGAGUUUGAGAAGCACCGCGGCUUUCUGGCCCUGGAGGAGCAGCUGCAGCUGAGGCAGCUGGCGGAGGAGGAGCGAGCCACCCUGCAGAGGCUGCGGGAGAGCAAGAGCCGGCUGGGCCAGCACAGCAAGGCCCUGAGGGAGCUGGCGGAGGAGCUGGAGGACAGGUGCCGGCGCCCGGCCCUGGGUCUGCUGGAGGGUGUGAGAGGCGCCUUGAACAGAAGUAAGGCUGUCACACGGCCAGAACCAGAGACCAUCCCUCUGGAGCUGAAGACAGUAUGUCGCAUCCCCGGGUUGAGGGAACUGUUGAAGAAGUUCCAAGUCGAUGUAAAGCUGGACCCUGCCACGGCGCAUCCCAUCCUGCUCUUGACCGCCGACCUGCGCAGCGUGCAGGAAGGGGAACUGUGGAGGGAUGUCCCCCACAACCCUGAGCGAUUUGACACGUGGCCCUGUAUCCUGGGCUUGCAGAGCUUCUCAUCAGGGAGGCAUUACUGGGAGGUGAUUGUGGGAGAAGGAGCGGAGUGGGGUUUAGGCGUCUGUCAAGACACGCUGCCGAGGAAGGGGGGAACCACGCCGUCUCCUGAGAACGGGGUCUGGGCCCUGUGGCUGCUGAAGGGCCGUGAAUACCUCGUCCUCGCCUCCCGCUCCGUGCCUGCUCUCCGGCUGGAACCACCUCGCCGCGUUGGGAUUUUCUUGGACUAUGAAGCCGGUGAAAUCUCAUUUUACAAUGUCACGAGUGGCUCUUACAUCUACACAUUCAACCCACUCUUUUCUGGUUUUCUCCGGCCUUAUUUUUUCAUCUGUGACACGCAUCCUCUUAUCUUGCCACCUAUGACAGAAGCAGAGUCAGAAAAUUGGGCAUUGUCGAGUCAUCUUGACGCCGCUUCUCAUGUUGGAGAUGAUCAUUCCUAAAAUUCUGUUCCCGAGGCACAGGCCUAGCCUGGC